AUGGUCAAGAAAAAGGUAAACAUGAAGGAAAAAGCCUCCCUUUUAAUCCUCUGGCUGCCUUCUACUGUUGCCCAGCUCACCAUUGAAUCAGUGCCGCCAAUUUCUGCUGAAGGGGAUAAUGUUCUUCUUUUUGUACAUAAUCUGCCUGAGAAUGUUCAAGCCUUUUCCUGGUACACAGGAGUUAUGGCGCUCAAGAGCCGUGAAAUUGCAAGGUAUGAGAUAGCUACCAAUUCACGUACUCUCGGAACUGCACACAGCGGCAGAGCGACAGUAUUCAAUAAUGGAUCUCUGCUGAUCAAGAAUGUCACCAGGAAGGACUCAGGAUACUACAUCCUACAAACACUCGAUACACAUUUGCGAUCUGAAAUAACACGUGUGGAAUUUUUUGUACAUGCCCCAAUUUUCGGCUUCAAGAAGCAUGCCACCCCCUCCAAACCCACAGUUGAGUUAGUGCCACCCAUGGUGGCUGAAGAAGACAAUGUUCUUUUUCUGGUUCGUAAUCUGCCAGAGAAGCUUCAAGGCUUUGCUUGGCACAAAGGGGUACUUCCACUAGACCACUUCAAGAUAGCAAGCCAUGCAAUCCUGAUUAAUUCAAGCAUGCUGGCACACAAAUAUUAUGGUAGAGCAACAAUAUAUACCAAUGGAUCCCUGCUACUCCAGAAUGUCACCCAGAAAGACACUGGAAUUUACACCUUACGAACCAUAUCUGCAGAUUUGAGAUCAGAAUGGGCCAUUAUGCACCUCCAAGUAAACAGUAAGUGA